AUGAACCAAAACUCUGCACGAGAGUAUUAUAAGCUACCUACUGAUGCGGUUGAAAAAAAGAUUGAAAAUGUUGAAAAACUUCUUAAAACGGGAACCGUUGAGGAUGCUAACAAACUUGUAUAUGGUGACAAGAAACACAGCCGCUCGUACCUACUAGGUAGACUUAUUCAGAGAAGGGAAGCAAAGGGGAAAUCUGUGACACACAGUGAGGCUACUAUCUCUGAUCAGGUGUUGGCCAGUUUGACAGAAAAGAUCCGAGAACAACUUGCUCAAGAGAUGGAAGAAAAAAUGGAUCAGAAGGUUCGGGAGAAUGUCAAGGCAAUGGUGUGCAAGUUGGCAGAAAAGAAUCCAGACCUCAAGAUUGAUAUUCAAGACCUCAGUGUCGAGCCGACGUAUGAUGCCUCUGCAAGUGGAGCGAACACAGCCACCACGGACACUACUUGACUUGAUGUGUGAUGCACUUAGAUACUCUAAUCAUAUUUUGCAAAGUUUAACUUGUAAUGUAAUGCAUGAUGACGUAGGAAUUUUAAGACUUUGAACUGCUAUUUUACUUGGAUGGUUGAAUUAUGGUUGCAAAAUUUGGAUGUUUGGUUUAUUGUUGAAUCUGAAUUUG